GUUGUAAUUUGAAUAAUCACCCUUUAAAACUAAUGUACAAACACAUUUUGGACUAAUAAAUGGACAUUGGUGUUAUUUAUGUAGUGAAAACCCGUCACACAGGCGUACGGCAAUAUGUAAACAAAUCGGCUGCAGGGCCGAAACAGCGGUGGUUGAAAUCACCCAUUUAUACGGGGCUGCCACGUUACAAUAUAUUUUGCAGAAGUCAAAAUUAAUAUACUAUAACAGUAGUUGUGAAAGAAAACUUAUUCGACGAAAGUGAAAGUAGAUGAAGGACACUUAAUUUCAGACGAUAUCAAUAUCUUGUUAUGAACAAACACAACCCGUUGACCACAUGCAAGUGCUUUUGAUACAUUACAGGAAAACUAUGUUCAAAUAUAAAUUUGAAAUGUUGUUUCGAAGUAUUUUUAUAGAAAAACUGAGGACUAAAACCUUUUGUAAAGGAAGAACUUUUUGUGUUGUAAAACGACCAUCAUUACCACAUAAUCACACAUACGAGGUUAUAGUUUCUAAAUCCAAUAAUAUAUUUGCCAAUUUAUCACUGGAAGAAUGGCUUUUUGAGAACCGGGAUCUGUCGAAGAAAUCGGUGCUACUUAUGUGGAAGAACAAGCCAUGUGUUGUGAUUGGACGACAUCAGAAUCCCUGGCUGGAGUGUAAUGUUUCGAAGGCCGUUACCAUGUCAGUGGAUGUUGUCCGCCGUGCUAGUGGUGGGGGAACAGUUUACCAUGACGAAGGAAAUCUUAACUGCUCCUUUAUCACGGAUAAAUGCCGCUACGAUAGACGUAGAAACCUUCAGUUUGUCAUUGAUGCUAUUGAGUCAAGAUGGGAUCUAGAUCUUGAGAUCAAUAAACGUGAUGACAUCAUCCUUGAUAAAUUGUAUAAGGUAUCUGGUACUGCAUCACGCCUGACCCGGACAAAAACCUACCACCACUUUACACUCUUGUACAGGACUGACACAGACAAACUACACAAACUCCUCACAAGUCCUUUUGGGACUGGGGUGAAUUCUAAAGCCACACAGAGUGUGUCAGCGCAGGUGAGAAACAUGUCCGACUACGCGACAGAUAUGGAUUUCAGCUCUCUCGUACAGGUGAUUGGUCAGCAUUUUCACUGUGGAGGACUUGACCAGGAGUUUGAUCAGCAAAGGUUCGGUGAAAUCCAGUUUGUCGAUCCUACAGACAAUGAAAUAUUUCCAGGACUUCACAAAUUACAGUCCGAUCUGGAGAACUGGGAUUGGGUUUACGGAAAAACACCAAAAUUCUGGUUAAAAAAGAACUACAGUACAGUUCUAGGUAGAACAGAGUUUACCGUUUCCAUAGCAACAGAAAUAAACAAAGGGAAGAUAACUCAAGUUGAUUUCACAUACCUUGAUACAAAUCACAAUGAUCAGAUGGUGAAUAUCCUCGCAAAUGUAAGAGAUAUUUUCAUUGGUCAGAGGUUCUGGAUAGAUGAUCUUGAAGUACUGAUACAUAAGUUAAAGGGAACUGUUGGUAGCUAUGGAAACAAGGACUUACUUAACUGGAUAUUGUGUUGCUUGAAAGAUACAUUGCAUGUUUGAAUUGGAAUUUUUUCACAACAAAUUUGAUAAACAGUGCAUACAUAUACAAUAUUUUAUACAAAUAAAUUUUAUAUUUAACCAA